AUGGCGGCGCCCCAACACGCCCACCCCACGUCUGUUCAGACUGAGCCUCCAAUAAUUUUGUAUGCCAAUAAUGCAUACAAAAUAGUUUGCUACUUUACGAUCUGGGCAUGGUAUCGCCAGUCCCACGGCAAGUAUGUGCCUGAGGAUAUAGAAGCCAACUUGUGCACCCACAUCAUAUACGGCUUCGCGGUGCUUGAUAGCAACUCGUUAACCAUUAAAACGGAUGACUCCUGGACCGAUAUUGACAACCGGCUUCGAGUCAUGUUAGCCAUCGGUGGAUGGAAGGACUCGAUGGGCAGCAAGUACGCACGCCUUGUACUUAAUCCACAGUCCAGGGUGCGCUUUGUCGCAAGUGUGUUAAGUUUUUUAGAAAAACACGGUUUUGAGGGUCUGGACCUAGCCUGGGAGUUCCCAAUGUGCUGGCAAGUGGACUGUGACAAAGGUAAUCCCGCGGAAAAAGAAGGAUUUGUUGCUCUUGUCAAGGAACUGUCGCAAGCCUUUAAGGCAAAAGGCCUUAUUCUUUCGGCAGCAGUCUCGCCCAGUAAAAUGGUUAUUGAUGCCGGAUACAACGUGUCUGAGCUAUCUCCACACUUUGACUGGAUGGCCGUCAUGACGUACGACUUUCACGGGCACUGGGUUAUGCGGACUGGCCAAGCAUCCCCGCUCUUUCACAAAGUGGGUGACGACGCGAACUUAAAUCUUAAUGGAAACUUCAGCAUCUACUACUGGUUGGAACGGGGUAUUCCGAGGGAAAAGCUGAUUAUGGGAAUGCCAAUGUACGGUCAGACGUUCACGCUGGCUGACCAAAAUCGCCGGUCCCUAAAUGAUAAAACAGUGGGUCCGGGCAAGGCAGGAACCUUUACUCGAGCAAAUGGAUUUUUGGCAUACUAUGAAAUCUGCGAAAAAGUCGGUAACGGUGACUGGGAAGUUGUGAGGGAUAAAGAAGGAAUAUUCGGAUCCUAUGCAUACAGUGGCAACCAGUGGAUAUCAUACGAUGAUGUGACAACUAUUCGAAGAAAAGCUCAGUUUAUUAAGAGCAUGCAGCUAGGUGGUGGCAUGGUUUGGGAUCUCGAUUUAGAUGACUUUCGUGGCCUUUGCGGUUGUGGCAAGCACCAAUUACUUCGGACUCUAAAUCAGGAGCUGCUAGGCAUUUCUGGACAAAAGGAUAAGAAUUGUACUUAA